AUGGCGGCCUUACCUCCGCGCGAGUUUGCGGCGCAAGUGCUGCCCGGCUGCGUGGUGCCCACGGCGCGCCAGGGCCUGGCCCAGCUCUGGCCGCUGCUCCUGCUCUGCCUCGGGGCGCGGCUGCUGCACCGGCUGCGUGAGUGGGGCCGGAGAGGGGGGACGGGGGCUUUGGAGAUUCGGGGGUCUGGGGAGCGGUGCAGGGGUCACGCAGGGUUUUUGGGGCGCCCCCCUGAUCCCCCCUGUGUCACAGCCCUGCCGCGGGGGGGGAAGCACGCGGGGGCGGCGGCCGGGGGGCUCCUGGCCCUGCACCAUUUCUUCGGGGCUCAGGCGCUGUGGGUGGCUCUGCUGAGCGGGCUCUGCGUCCUCACCCUCCUCCUGAGCCGGGCCCGCGCCCAGAGAGGGCUCUGCCUCGCCCUGGCCGCUCUCAGCUACCUGCUCAUGGGGGAGCUGCACAUGGUGGACACGGUCACAUGGCACAAGAUGCGAGGGGCACAGAUGGUGGUGGCCAUGAAGGCCGUGUCGCUGGGCUUUGACCUGGACCGGGGGGCUGGGGGGGCUCAGGGGGAGCCCAGCCCUGCCCAGGUCUUGGGGUACCUGCUCCCCUGCUCCGUCGUCUUCGGGCCCUGGGAGCCCUUUGAGGCCUACCUGAGAUCCGUGGAGGGCCCCCCCUGGUAUGAGGGGGAAAAUGGGGUGAGCGUGGCCUGGGCUCGGAAGGGGCUGCGGAGCCUGGGGCUGGCCCUGCUCUGCCUCCUGAUCAGCACCUGCCUGGCCCCGUUCCUGUUCUCCAGCCUCCUGCCCCUCUAUGGGGCACGGGCCCUGCACAGGUGGCUCCGUGCCUACGAGAGCGCCCUCUCCUUCCACUUCAGCAAUUACUUCGUGGCUUUCCUGUCCGAGGCCACGGCCACGCUGGCAGGGUCCGGAGCGUCCCUGCACCACGACCACCUGCACUGGGACCUGGCAGUGUCCCGGCCCCUGCGGGUGGAGCUGCCACGCUCCAUGGCUGAGGUGGUGACAAACUGGAACCUGCCCAUGUCUCGCUGGCUGCACACCUACGUGUUCCAGACCGCCCGACGCUUGGGCACCUUUGCCGCUGUGCUGGGCACCUACGCAGCCAGUGCUCUGCUGCACGGCCUCAGUUUCCAUCUGGCCGCUGUCCUGCUGUCCCUGGGCCUCAUCACCUAUGCUGAGCAUGCCCUGAGGCAGCGCUUGGCCGCCAUCUUUGAUGCCUGUGUCCUGUCCAAGCGCUGCCCCCCCCACUGCAGCCACCGCCACAAGAACACACUGUGGGUGUGGGCACUGAAUGGGGCUCUGGGUGCCCUGGCCCUGUUCCACCUGUCCUACCUGGGUGCCCUGUUUGAUGUGGAGGCCGAGGACACCGUGGAGGAGCAGGGCUACGGGAUGGCCUACACGGUGCGCAAGUGGUCGGAGCUGAACUGGGCCAGUCACUGGGUGACGCUGGGCUGCUGGGUGCUGGCCCGGCUGCUUCGCUGAGGCUCUGGGAGGGCACUGGGAGCGACCGGGGAGAACUGGGAGGAACUGUGGGCUGCUGGGAGCACCGGGCGCCACAGAGAACGCGGCCUCUCCGCGCAGCCGAAGCGCCUCUCGAUGAUCUCAACUUUCGCUUUGUGGUGUUUCCCGCCCUUUCACGGGCGGAAGUGCCGCUCGACCGCUCUGGGACCAAUAAA